AAAAUCGAACUAACUAAAUGUAACACCUAAAACAAAUCUUAGUUUCUUACAUGCAUGGAUCCUAGUAUAAAGUAAUUCAAAUCAUGACGACAAGCAAAAUGGAUUCAAUUCUAAAAUGUCAAAGUUCUCCUCGGAAUCUAAAACAGAUCAAAGACCCUAAUGUAUCUUUACAUGCAGUUGCUAAAUUCAUUUUUAAUGCGAUUAGAACUUACUUUUUGACUGGUGUAGUUUAUAAUAAACAGUGUAAAAUAAGAAAAUUAUUUCUUUAUAUUUUGUUUUAUGAUAUUUUAUGUUUGUAGGAUAUAUAGCCUACUCUAAUUCUUUUGCAUCCUAAAACAAGAGUAGUGUAUUUUUAUAAAAGUUUGUCUUUACGAAACAUAUACAGAUGAAAGAAAACAUCAUAUAUCCAGAGAAAGAGACUCUAUUAAAUUAGGUAAACGAGAUGAAUAUAAGUAAGUAGAGAGGUUGGGUAGGUGAAGAGAGACAAUAAGAUGGAGAAAAAGAGGCCGUAACUCUUUUGCCCUAUUCACAUUUUUUAUUUUCUUCCCAUUAGCCAUUCUGUUCCCUGCCUCUACUCCUCCUCCCUCUUGACACAUCACAUCAUCAUCACAUCAUAAUCACCAUCAAUCAUCAUCAUAUACAUACGCAUAUAUCUGUCUUCUUUGGAUCGAGUUAAAUCAGUUAUGGCUUCCUCGAAUAGACACUGGCCAAGCAUGUUCAAAUCCAAACCUCAUCACCAUCAAUGGCAACACGACAUCAACUCUCCUCCCUUGCCUUCUUCUGCUUCCCACCGAUCUUCUCCCUUCUCAGGGUGUGAGGUGGAGAGGAGUCCAGAGCCAAAACCAAGAUGGAAUCCGAAGCCAGAGCAGAUUCGUGUACUUGAAGCAAUCUUCAACUCAGGGAUGGUGAAUCCACCAAGAGAGGAGAUUCGAAGGAUUAGGGCUCAGCUUCAAGAAUACGGCCAAGUUGGUGACGCCAACGUCUUCUAUUGGUUCCAAAACCGCAAGUCUCGUAGCAAACACAAAAUACGCCUCCUCCAUAAACACUCCCUCUCUCAACCCCAACCUCAACCGCAGCAGCCUUCAUCUCCCUCAUCAUCUUCCUCCAAGUCUACCAAACCACACAAAAACAAGGACAAGAACAACAACACUAAUCUCUCUUUGGGUGGUGGUCAAAUGAUGGGGAUGUUUCCAUCGGAAGAUGCGUUUCUUUUCCCGGUUUCCACCGUCGGAGCGUUUGGAGGUAUCACCGCCUCAUCCCAAUUAGGAUUUCUCUCCGGUGAUAUGAUUGAGCAACAUAAACCGGCUCAUCCAACGGUGGAACCAUGUACCGGAUAUCUCUUGAGCGAGAUCAUGAACGGUAAUGCUAGUUAUGGAACUCAUCAUCAACAGCACUUGAGUGAUAAAGAAGAUGAAGAAAUGAGUAUGAAGAUGUUGCAGCAGCCACAACAUUACGCUGCUACAAGUCAUCAAAUCACUUCUUACAACAACAACAUCAUUCUUCAUGUUCCUCCAACUACUUCAACUACUACUACUAUUACAACCUCAGAUCCUCUUGAUAUUGUAUUAUCAACUUCGGACCAGCUUCAAGUUCAAGUGUGCGCGAGAAUAAGGGUGUUUAUCAACGAAAUGGAGUUUGAAGUGAGCCCUGAACCGUUCAAUGUGAGAGAUGCAUUCGGAGAAGAGGUUGUUCUCAUCAAUUCUGCGGGUCAGCCCAUUGUCACUGAUGAAUAUGGCGUCGCACUUCAGCCUCUUCAACAUGGAGCCUCCUACUAUCUGAUCUAGCCGUGUGGGAGAUAACGGUUUGAAGAUGAAUUUAAGACGUGUCUCUUUCUUUCACUAUCUCUCGUACGGACGCUUAAAUGUUAACAUUUGCAAAAAUAUUGGUUUCACUUACCUGUUGUGAUGGUGUGAUGUAUGAGUUUCGGAUAACAUUCACAAAACGCUCUCGUUAGAUCGUUGACCAAUAUUUUGUUGUGCGCGUUUCUUAUUGAUUUCCUAAAUCUAUAAUGCUUUUGUUUCUU